UGCUUUUAUUCUGCACAUUAACCUUUGCUCGUGUCUGCAGAGGGAGCGCGCUUGCCCUGGAUGUUCCUUCUUCAGUUUUUCCUUUGCACGGGCGCGCCCCCGGCCGCUUUGUCAUUGAACCGAUCCCCAGCCGCCAGGUGAUCAAUCCAAGGCCGUCAUUGAGGGAGAAGGAGUCGAGAUAAGCAGCAGCGGCCGAUCCCGUUCGACCCCCGCCCUGCAUUCGCUGGGAAUGAUGCUGGCUGGGUGAAAGGUUUCCUGCAGAGCAGAGGAGAGGACAGGAGAGGGGAAUUCACUGCAACUUGAAAGAAGAGGAGGCUGCUAUCCUCUGAUACCUUCUGAACUGCGCUGUGUCUCAGUAAAUUCUACCUACCAUCCCUGUUCUGUAUCAUUACAACUCCAGAAACAUGCUGGAUCGAGAUAUGGAAUCCACAUACCCUUCAUCCUUAAGUGAGCCAGAUAUGGGGAGACACACGCCAUACGUGGUACAGCCAGACUAUCGGAUAUAUGAGCUGAACAAACGGCUGCAGACUCGCACAGAGGACAGUGACAAUCUGUGGUGGGACGCAUUUGCGACUGAGUUUUUUGAAGACGAUGCAACGCUAACACUUUCAUUCUGUUUGGAAGACGGACCAAAGAGAUACACUAUCGGAAGAACACUUAUUCCUCGAUAUUUCAGUACAAUCUUUGAAGGAGGAGUAACAGACCUUUACUAUGUUCUUAAACACUCGAAGGAGUCUUACCACAAUUCAUCCAUCACACUGGACUGUGACCAGUGUAGCAUGGUCACCCAGCACGGCAAACCCUUGUUUACAAAGGUUUGUACUGAAGGGAGGUUGAUUCUGGAGUUUACAUUCGAUGACCUGAUGAGAAUAAAGAUGUGGCACUUUACCAUCCGGCACUACAGAGAGUUAAUCCCACGCAGCAUUCUUGCCAUGCAUGCACAAGAUCCUCAGGUGCUGGAACAAUUGUCCAAAAACAUCACUCGUAUGGGGCUAACAAACUUCACCCUCAACUACCUCAGGCAGCAUUACUGCAGCCAAAAGGUUUCCCAAUGGGAAUUCCCCUCUCUGAGGUGUUUGGAAAAAGAAGCAGAGGAUCUACAGAGGGAUCCCAGGCAGUUGUGUGUUAUACUGGAGCCAAUGCAAGAACUGAUGUCCAGACACAAAACAUACAAUAUCAGCCCAAGGGACUGCCUGAAAACAUGUUUAUUCCAGAAAUGGCAGCGAAUGGUGGCGCCUCCAGGUCGAACCUCACAAUCAGCUGUUAUACCCUUUCUCAUACGUCACACUGCCUCAACCCCACAACCUCGCUCAGCCCGUCCAGCGCACAAUGAACCAACCAGACAACAGACGAACAAGCGGAGAAAGAGGAAGAACUCAGCGAGCAGCACCUCAAACAGCAGUGCAGGAAACGUCAACAGCUUGAACAGCAAGAAGAAGGGGCCUGUGGCAAAUUUCAGUCUCUCCAGUCAGGUACCUGAUGUUAUGGUCGUGGGUGAACCGACACUGAUGGGCGGAGAGUUCGGAGAUGAGGAUGAGCGACUGAUCACUCGAUUAGAAAACACGCAGUAUGAUGCAGCAAAUGGCAUUGAUGAUGAGGAAGAUUUUAAUAACUCUCCUGCACUGGGAAGUAACAGCCCUUGGAACAGCAAAGCGCAAUCUAGUCAGGAGAGUAAAUCAGAAAAUCCCACACCACAGGCCUCUCAAUAAACAGGACCAUAUCAGUUUUUAUUACAACAUUUUGUGCUUUCCCCUUCUUCUUUAUCAAGGCUGAAACCCAAAAUUUAUUGUUUAAAAAUGUCUACCUUCAGCUGUAUUGAAAUAUUAAAUCCCCUAAUUUGAUUUAGUGAGUUCAUAUUCAAAGCUUUAAAAAACAUUGAACUGGUAUUAUAAACCAUGCAACCCAUUAUAUUUUGUGGGCAUUUGAGUAUGACAAGUUUGUGGUUUCUUUUGAAUUGUUCCUGAGUUUGAACUGUUACUAUCAAGGGACUCUGAUAGUGAUGAUCAUUUAUAUUCAGAUUUUGCAGGAACCCAUGCUGGUCUAAUUUUUGCUUGUGUAUUUAUGUAAGCUUUUUAUAAGGGGACAAAAAGAUAAUUUUGAGCAGACACGAUUUAAUUCACAUAAAUGUUCAGCACAAAAUGUGAAACUUAGAAAUAAGUCUUUGUGUCAUUAUACGGAUGUAUUUUAUGUAUGCUUUGCCAUUAAUUAAGUGUGCCAAUAAACAAUGGUAACAUGAAUGCUUUUGUCUUACAGUGGUUAAUCACUGUUCUCAAAAAUUUCAUUAAAUCCAGUUCCAUAUUUUUGCUGAAAAUUGUAAUAUAAUUAAUUAACAGUACUUCUGUUUCUGUCUGAAGAAGAUUCCUGACCUAAUGACAAUCUGAACAUAACGCAUCUGAAUUCUUGGAAUCUAACUCGUCAAGCAGAAGCCAAAAGAAAAUCACAAAUGUUAACUUAAGGAAGCAUAAAUGAUAUAUGUUUUCAAUGAA